AUGGCAACACCAAUCUCACCCGUGGCAAUCCCAGGCCAGCGCCUAGGGUCUGCUUCCAUUUACACCGCAGGUCCCGGAACACACAUUCAACAAUCCAAUAUCUAUGCCUCCAUUGCUGGUCCCGUCAUCGUGGAUAAUGCCGAACCCAAGACAGAAACAAAGCCAACCAUUCGAGUCUCAAGGGUCGUUCCAGCCACAAGUCGAGCUGCCUCAACGCCAAACAAGCCCAAAGAUCGAUACAAUACCCUCCCCGCAGUGGAUUCAAUCGUCUUGGCCCGUGUCACUCGCGUUCAAAAGCGACAGGCUACCGUCUCUAUCCUCGUUGUCCUGGACGAUGUCUCGCAAGACCCCUCACAGAAUACCUCCGACAAUGACAACGUUGCCUCCAUCUUGACCUCUGCUGCCAAUCCCGAGAACCACAGUAGCACCGACGAGCUGCGCUUCCAGGCUAUCAUUCGCAAGGAGGACGUCCGCGCUGUUGAAAAGGACCGCGUCGUUAUGGAUGAGAUGUUCCGCGUUGGUGAUAUCGUGCGUGGCUCGGUCAUUUCUCAGGGUGAUCAGAGUUUCUAUUAUAUCACUACUGCUCGCAAUGAUCUCGGUAUCGUCAUGGCUCGCAGCGACUCGGGAAAUAUGAUGUUCCCCGUCAGCUGGAAGGAGAUGCGUGACCCUGUUACCGGUGUUAGUGAGCAAAGAAAGGUUGCGCGCCCGUACUAA